UUUAUACCGAGUUUUGUCAUUCAUCAUCAUCAUUCUCAUUCACUCAUUCGGAAAUUUCUCGUUCAUUAAUCACCCGUUAUCGUCAUUCGCUAGGAACGUGAAAUUUAUAUAUCAACCACUUGCAAGUUAAUGUUCAUUUUAUAGUUUUAUAUGGUAAAAGUAACAGCCUAAAGUUUUUGUUGAACACAUAAGAAUUUAAAAGUUUAUUGCGUGUUAAACGUUGCACUUCAAUAAGUAGAUUUGGGAAAGUUUCGAAGCAAUUAGAAUUUUCUUGAAGAUGGCCACUGAAGUCAGUUCAGCUCCAGGGAUUGCAUCCCUGCAAUCAGUCCAGAAGGUGAUGGCUCUUCCCACAGUAGAAGCUGCAGUGGGACAAGUAGGAGCUUUGUACACUAGAGUUAAGGGGGCACAUUCUCUAUUAGAAUGGGCUCUAUCCACUGCUGAGGCUAGUGUAACCCUGGCAGCGAAUACUGCAGCUCCAUUUGUAGCAGCACCUCUGGCUGCAGGCGAUGCUAAAGUUGCUGCAGCCCUGGAUGAAUUGGAACGCCGAGUUCCACUGGUCACCGAGCAGCCAAAAGUGAUUGUGGAAACUACUAAACAGGCUGUACUAUCCAGAAUAACACCGCAAAUAAACAAAGUGUACGGUGCUCGAGAGGUCGCAGAACAACGCGUCAAGUCACUCAAAGAGCUGACAUGGGCUAAGGCCAACACUCUGCUAUCAACGGCCUACGGUCAGAAGGCUAUGUAUGGAGUUGAUACUGGGGCCACAUACGCCAUGCAGAUCCUCGACCACUACCUCCCGCCCACACAAGAAGAAAUCAACGCUCGCAGCACCGAGGUAGUACCAGUACAAAACGACCCCGCUCUUCAUACAAUGCAAACGGUUGGACGUCUCAGCUCAGUAGCCGCCCGGCGUGUGUGGGCCAACUUGGCUCAGCGUCUCCACCAAUUGAGGCACAGUGGAAUGGAACUAGAUGUCCGCCGUUACGUCACAGCACUGCUGGCGGCGCUGCACCUGGCACGAGUCACCAGUGAACAGCAGCAACAAGAAGCAGCUCAACAAAUAUCACCACAGAAUAAAUCAGAGUCCACUACCAACGGACACAGUGCCCACACUGUCUCUACAUCACCUUCAUCACCCACAACCACCGACCAGGUCAAAACUACCCCCGAAGCCAAAUCCAAUGGCAGUGAACCGCAGUGAUUUUAAUAAAUUUUUCUAUGUAUUUUAAUUUUAAGAUAUUUUUUUUAUUAUUGAAGCCACCAUGUUUAUAUAUAAACAUGAUUGUGGAUAUAUUCUAAAUGUAAUUAAUCAAGACUGAUGGUCUUUUUUAUGUCUUUAAUAGUAUUUAAUGGAAAUGUAUUUUUAAUUGGAAAUAUAUAAUUUUAUUCUA